AUGCCACAUUUUCUUUUUUCAGCACCAUCAAAGAUUGGCGACACAUGUCAAAGGGACUGCAAACCUCCUCUUCUGUGUCGGGACGGGAGAUGCGAAUGUUGGGGCGGAAGUAUCGUGGAUGGGGAAUGCGUAGUGCCAUGCCCGACUGGUCAACAACUCUACGGCGUCGAGUGUACGCGAGUGGCUCAUUAUGGACAAAUGUGCGAGAAGGACAGCCAAUGUGUCGAUCCAUUCAACGCUUGCGUCGGAGGCACCUGUCAGUGCGCUCCUGGAACAACAAGAGAUGUAAUGAGAGGCUUCUGUUAUGCUGUCUGUCCCGAUGGAAUGCAUCCGCGGCAGACGUGCCGUCGAUUGUUUGUGAACGACGUUGACAUGCUCGAAAAUGCGGCGAACACCGACAGUUGUCCACUCGGUUACCGUUGUGUGACCUACGGCAGUCCAUAUGUAGGACACUGCUGUCGAUUGCGGUGCCCAUAUGGGGAGCCUGAUCUGAGGAGAACCCAAUUGCGACGGCGCGCCGACACGAGGUUACCACGCGAGCUUGAGUCGUAUCCGCCUUUGGUCCGCCGCAAUCGGGAUAUCCUGCGCCUUAAUCGUUCUCCUCCUUCAAAAUCAUCGUUGAAUAUUUUUCCAGCCAGUCCUGUGACGCCGGAGCACCGCCUGAAUCCAAAUGCCGACCACUCACCCACUUUUGCUAUUCGAUCAGCGAGCCAGGGCGGAUGGAAGUCAUCGCUGUGCUGCCCUAGGCCCUGUCGUGAUCCGACUCCACUGUAUAUCAACGGUCAGUGCCUAUCCAUAGCUCAUCGUGACGACCCGUGCCAAAUUGAUCAACAGUUCAACGAUGACCGCUUCCCGACAUGCGAGAAGAGCUGCAACCAGUUAGAGGAGAUCGCCUCUACCGAUCGUUGCCUUCCAAAGGCUCAACUUGGUCACCGAUGUCUGUCUAAGAAACAGUGUCCGGGAUUUGCCGACUGUAGAUUUGGAACGUGUCAGUGCUUGUGCGGAUAUAAGCAAGUUCGAGACAAUAUCCUCGGCACCCGUUGCACGAAUCCCGACGAUCCGCUCAGUUUGAAUACAAUUCUCACAGGCGUCGAACAGCUGUUCGGCAAUAAACGUUCCAAUCGAAAUUAG